AUGGCUUAUUUAAUGGAGCUUGGUUGGGCCCCGUCUUCUUGUCCCAAAAACGGGGCCACUGGGCCACUGCGCCACUGCGCAAUGCUUCCAGCCGUUCGAGAGAGAUUGGACUUUCUGGGAGAAGAGUAUGAAAGACUUGUGGCUGAGAACAGCCGUUUGCAACACUUGUUGAAGCAGAGUGAGUUUCCGAGUCUUGACACUCCGGAAACAGACCUGCUGAAUAAGAUCGCACCAUCGCAGAACAGUGUGGAUUUAGGCCCCAAAGAGGCGUGGACGCAGGCACAGCAUGCCAGGAAACGGCCUGAGUUCAUUCCUUCAAAGAUUUCAAAGGAUGUGGUCACCUGCGAAGAAGUAGGGCCUGCUACGGUGGCUGGUUCCAUCCUGAAGCGAGAGGAUAGCUUUGUUGGGACAGAUGGAAAUGGCAAAGCGGUGCUUCAGACCUUUGGAAUUACCCCAGCUCCGGGUGGCUCAGAACAAGCUCCAUCGGCUCCAUCCAAAGAUCCAAGUCGAGCAGGGGAUGAUCCAGAAGAAUCAGUUUCUCAACUGAUAUUCCUCGACGUCAUACCAGCCGUCAUCAUUUCGAUCAAUGCUGUGGUGGUUGGCCUCAGCGCUGAUAUCUGCCCAGACCACACCGUUUGGGUGAUCUUGGAGAUUUUUUUCACUGCCUUUUUCACCCUGGAGGUGAUCGUGAAGAUGAAAGUCUUCAGCAUCAGAGAAUUUCUGUGUGGUCCGGAUUGGUAUUGGUCAUGGUUUGAUUUGUUUUGUGUUGGCCUGGCAUACCUGGAAAUGUGUAUGAGUCUGCCGUCGUCUGGCUUGGGCACCACAGACUGUCGCGCUGGGGAGUCGGAGGGAGGUGCUGGAUUUGGCGCUUUGAAGAUGUUAAAGUUGGCUCGCUUGGGAAGAAUUGUACGAUUGCUGAAGUUCAAAAUCUUCGUAGAGCUCAAGCUCAUGAUACAAGGCGUUUUCACAGGACUACGAGUCCUGUUCUGGGCAGUCAUCCUCCUUUGCGCUUGUAUCUACUUGCUUGGAGUGGUUUGCAAGACCCUUUUGUCUCAAUAUGAAGAGUUCUCCACUGUGCCGGCCGCCAUGUUCACCAGUUUCCGCUGCUUCACAGAUGGUUGCUCUGCAUAUGACGGCACUCCCUUGCAAGAACGGAUCCGAAAAGAGGUGGGAGGAAUUUGGAUGACAGCGUACAUCCUGGUGUUUUUAUUUAUUACGAUCGGAAUUUUCAAUUUGAUUAUGGCGGUGUUCAUUGACAACGUUAAUGAUGGUAGCGUGAAAAAGAAACAGUACACCUUGGGAAUGACGGCAGACAAGACCGAACUCAACCUUGCAGACAAAUUGAAGGGUAUGUGUUUCAACUCGGGCGUUGUCAAGCGUCAGGAUUUGGAGGAUGAUUUGGAAGAGGAACCACGAUUCACAGAUGGGCAAGAUUUUGAAGGCCGAUGCAAUCGGAUCAAGAGAGCCAUGGGUCGUUCAGGCUGCAUCAUCACAAAGCGAACUUUUAAUUCCUGGUUGCUCCACAACAAUGAAUUGCUGGAAAGCCUCGAUGAUGCGGAAAUCGACACCUCCAGCAAAUUCGAGCUCUUUGACGUGUUGGACAUAGACCUUUCCGGCAAACUUCCGUUCCGUGAAACCGUGGAAGGUCUCAUGAAGUGCCGCGGGCCCGUUUCGAAAACAGACAUUAUCUCGAUCCGCUUGCGGGUUCGAUAUCUUACUCGACUUGUGCAGCAAAUCCACAAGAAGCUUGACUGUCCAGCAGCAAUGAUGUGAAGCAAACAGUUUUGUAGGACUCGGAGCCCAUGUCUUCGAUGUUGGAGCUUUCCAACAUCAUUUAGAAUUUUGUUAGAUAUUCCGAUUCCGGAGAUGAUUUCUAGAGCCGUUUUUUGGAGAUCAAGAAUUGUCAUGUUGUCGAAGACAACAUUGGCCGUGGGUUAGGGCCCAUGGGAAUAUCCUCUUAGCUAUCUCUUAGCUGUGGCCAUGUUUUUCCUAUCCUAACAACUGUUAGGCUGGUGCCACUGGACUUAGUUUAGGCAUUUGCAUUUGCAAAUCUGUUGAGAGAUCCAAAGUUGACGGCUGGCUGACUCGCUCAAUGGAGCUUGGAAAGCCAGCCCUGCUGCCUGCAUCAAAAAGGUUCUGGGGACAAA